AUGACAUACAGAGAGUUAUAUCAGAAUUUGUUCGACGUACAUGUGGUAUCCCUAUUUUACUUAAAACCCGUGCAACCUUCGUUCCCAAAAUGGUAUGAUGCGAAUGCUCAAUGCGAGUACCACACAGGAAUAAUAGGACACUCAAUUGAUAACUGCACUGCAUUUAAAAAGUUGACUGAAAGGUUCAUCAAGAUAAGGAUUGUAAGGUUCGAUGAUCCAUCAGGACCUAAUGUGGUAAGAAAUCUGUUACCCAAGCAUUCAGACCAAGGGGUAAACGUGAUAAUUGAGAGUGGAGGAAAGAGAACCAAAACCAAUGUUGCGGAAGUAAUAACCCCACUAAAAUGGGUUUGGCAACAAAUGAUAGACGUGAGAUUAAUCAUUCAAGAUUCAAAAGGGAUGCCCAAACGAAUGAGGAGCUAUUGUGAGUUCCAAGUCGAAGAAGGUUAUGAAAUACAAGAGUGCGCUGAGUUUAAAGCUCUAAUGCAAAGUCUGAUGGAUAAAAAAGAAUUAAAAUUCUUUGAAGAUGUAAAGGGCUUGGAAGGAGGAGAUGUUUGCGCCUCAGAGGAAGGAUCAAUAAAUAAAGUCUACAAGGUCAAUCAACCAGUGGUGAUUAUUUCACGACCAAGAAGUAAUGAAGUGGGAUCACAAGCUGUGCCAAGAGUCAUAAUUCAGAAACUCGUGCAUUUCCCUUACAAAGAUAGCAAAAGGGUUCCGUGGAAUUAUGACUGCAACGUGAUGAUCCCAAGAGAAGAGAACUCGAUUGAUACUUUAGAAGAAGGCCAGAAUAUUAGUUUCUACAUGCGCAGUGGAAGGUGCUAUGACCCUACAAGUGCAAGAACCGAGCCCAUUAAAGGAAAAACCCUAAAAGUUGAACAUAAAAAAAAGAUAGCUAGACUUGAAUCACUUGUUAAUGAGCCAGUAACUGAGAACGAGGCUAAGGAAUUCUUAAAACUCUUGAAGCAUAGUGAGUAUAGUGUUGUAGAACAGCUACACAAACAACCAGCUCGCAUAUCAGUACUGCCAUUGCUCUUUAGCUUAGAGACACAUCGUAGCGCGUUGAUGAAGGUGUUAAACGAAACUUAUGUCGCUGAUGAUAUCUCUGUGAACAAGCUAGACCGUCUGGUUAGCAAUCUGAGUGCCAAUAAUUUUAUCUUUUUCAAUGACUAUGAAAUACCUCUAAGGGGCAUGGGAUCUACGAAGGCUCUACACAUCACUACCCACUACAAAGAUAUACAUUGCUAG